UGUAUCAAAACACUCAAUACCUUGUACCCUACCAUCUACCUACAUUAAAUACAAUAGAUAUACCUACAUUGAAAAAAAAAUUCUGCUUGAUGUUCAUGUUUCUGCUUUCUAUUUAUUGUUAAUUCAAGAAUAUAAUGAAGAAACCUGAAGGAAGCAAGAGUAGCACGGAAAGCAGUUCUGGGUCCAGUUCUGGUUCCAGUAGUAGCGGUUCUAGCUCAAGCAGUUCAGAAUCAGGUUCCAGCAGUUCAGAUUCUGAAUCAUCAACAUCGGAUAUUCAACCAAAAACCGAACCAAAAUCACCAAAACAAGGUCCUUCCAGUGAACCAAAGAAGGAAAAAGAAUGCAAACCAAUAAAAGCAGCAGCUAAAACUAAAAACAAAUCCUCGAGUGAAGUAGACAAGUCCAAAGCACCCAGUCCCAAACCAAUGCCACAAAGACAAAGAGGUGGCCCAAAAAAGAAAAAUGCUGCUAGCGUUUUAGCUAAAAAAAAACCAACAGCAAAAUGUGCAGGGGCUAAAUCUGGAACUGCAAAAGCUACAACCCGAACAAUCAAAAGUGAAAGCUUGUCCAAGAAGAAGAGUAUAUUUUCUCCUGAAAAUAGCUCAGAUUCAGAACCAGAGAGCAAAACUAAACCUAAAACUGGAUCUAAGCCACCACCAAAGGCCAAGAAGACACAAAAAAAACAAACUGAAGAAAAAAUUCUUACAUCUCCAAAACCAAUUGAAAAACCAGCUGAAAAACCAGUUGAAAAACCAGUUGAAAAACCAAAUGAAAAACCAGUUGAAAAACCAAUUGAAAAACCAGUUGAAAAACAAAUUGAAAAAUCAAUUGAAAAACCAACUUCAAGCGCUAAAGACAAUGAAGUUAGUGCUAAGAAAAAAAUAAAUAAAUCAAAUACACCUCAAAAGAUUGCCAAGAAAGUGCCAGAAAAGAAAAAUCCACCAUUGUGUACAUCAUGUCAAUCAGCUGGAGAUUCUGGGUCAUCAGAAAGUGAGAAAGAGAUGGAAAAGAAAAAAGAUUCAGCUAUAGCGAAGCCUCCCAAGCAAGAUACUCAAAAACCUAGCACAAGCCGCGAAGCAAGUGAAACAGUCGGGGGUACUGUGCCAAGGAAGUUAACGCGUUCGAAAACCGCUUGGGCCUCUCGAAUGGCGAAACUCAAUCCUUCAGAUUCUGACACCGAAUCUGAUGCUGAAGGAAAAACCACCGGAAAGAGUAAAGAAGAUAAAAAGCCAACCAAAGCCCGAGUGGCCCUGGUUAAGUCUCCAGUCAUCCCGUCUCAACCAACAGUUCCCUCUGAGAGAAAGUGUCCAGUUAGGGGAUGUGACUCUACUGGACAUUUAGGUGGAGUGGCGGAUAGACACUUUACCUACGACGCUUGCCCCGUCUACCAUAACGUAACAGGCCCUUGGUGCGUAGCAGCGGCAGAAGAACGUAGUUCUGCAGCCGCUAUUGGAAAAAAAGCUAAGGCGUCUAUGACUCACCGACCACGAGCUAUGCCCACAAUUGAUCAGCGUGCCUAUCAGCUAAAAAUCAAGGAUUUGCGAAGCAAAUGGAAAGGAAAUGACCAGAGAAAAAAGUCGAAUAAUGAAGACUACAAUGAAGAAAGGGAGCCCGUUCUCGAUGGAUUUGCGCCAGAUUAUGAUCUGAGACUAUUUCGGGAUGCCCAAGCGCUAGCUGCUGUGAAAAAGGAAGAGGGAUUGGACGAUAUACCAACGGAUAAAGGGACUAGAUAUGUGGUGAUGGGCAAAUAUAUGAUGGAGGUCCUAUACCAGUCUCCAUAUCCAGGGGCGGCGGCGAGGGUGCCGCGACUUUUCGUCUGCGAGUUUUGUUUGAAGCACCAAGCUUGCGAGACCGGCGCAAAUCGACACAGAGCUAAGUGCGUCUGGCGUCACCCACCGGGAGAUGAGAUUUACAGAAAAGAUUCGCUCAGCGUAUGGGAAGUGGAUGGUCGCAAGCAAAAACAGUAUUGCCAGCAACUCUGCCUGCUCGCAAAAUUCUUUCUCGACCAUAAAACACUGUACUAUGAUGUUGAACCCUUCCUCUUUUACGUGAUGACUACGGCUGACGGCGAGGGUUGUCAUAUCAUCGGAUACUUCAGUAAGGAAAAGAAUUCUUUCCUGAACUACAACGUGUCGUGUAUACUAACAUUGCCCCCCUAUCAAAGGCAAGGUUAUGGCCGACUGCUCAUUGAUUUUAGCUACCUUCUAACGAAAGAAGAAGGCAAAGUUGGUUCACCGGAAACCCCUCUAUCGGACCUGGGUCUCAUCUCUUACCGGUCCUACUGGAGGGAGGUGAUCCUCCACCAGCUGUGUAUUGUCGAGGGACCUGCUCUUAGCAUACGGGACAUGAGCAAGAAUUUGGGCAUAGCGUCUUCGGAUAUUGUGUCCACUUUGCAAGAAAGAGGACUUAUGAAGUAUUGGAAAGGAAAACAUAUUGUCUUGUCGAAGGAGGAGGUACUCAAAGAAGCCUAUCUGCGUGCGGCCGGUGCUCGAUCCGUGGACCCCUCCUGCCUCCGAUGGUGGGGCCGACCAGCGCCGCGCUGACCCCGCGCCCGGCGUGCGCGCACGCGCCGAGAGCGGGAAUCGCGAGACCCGGGCCAGGAUCGCUCACAGCCCGGGUAAAGGAUACGAUGUACAUCGGCACGAGGCAGUAGUUUAAAAUAACCAUAUUGCGAAUUAUAUACUCCAAAGGUUAUCACUGCCAAUUUUAUUCAGUGCCAAUGAGAAAGCGGAUAGACCAUCUGUUGAAUUAUUAGAAUAACUGUUUCUUGAUGUUAAACGAAUCUCAGUGUUAUAUUGUAGGUACAGUUUCGUGUAUUCAAAUUAAAAACAAGGUACAAGGCCUUGAUUAAACUUUGUAUUAGGCCUUUUCGCCAAUUAUCUUUUGAACAACUGAGAAAUAUAUCAUGUUAAAAUUUAUAGAAAACUCGCGUGAUGGCGCGACUGUACUCGUCAUAUACAUGUUCUUGUAAUUUCUAAGCGUACGCGCUCUUUACAAUUAAAUUGGUGUUGUCAACUAAAGUUAUAAAAUCUAUAUAAUCAGGUUUAUAUAAACCAUUGAUGUAUUACUGUUAGUAUUGAUGUUUUUAAAAAAUCCUGUACUACAUUUUUGAUGUCUUAAU